GAUCGCAUGCCGCCAUUAUUGUGAAUCGGAGCGAGAAAUAUACUGCAAAUUCAGGCGUGCGAAGCAUCGAAAGACGUCUUUAUAUCUUUAUCACAAUGGACUAGUGAUGAAUUUUGGUAUCCAUUAGGUGCUAAAAGAAUUUCACUAGAAAAAAAGAAAAGGCAAGAUGUAGACCAGAGUGGGUUUUAAUCAGUCUCCAUUAUGGCCAGUACAUUUGACGUGUAUGCCUAUGAACCUCCAUUGUCUCUGUGGGAACUGGUAAAGCAUCAUGUACCAGAGCAUGAGCAGGAGGAAGUGAAGGACAUGCUGGGAGAGUCCCUGGUGGAACAAAGCCUAGAGCUGCAUGAGGAGGUGAAUACAUUGCUGGACAUAUGGCGAGAUUACAGAGAUGAUACCAACCAAACAGUACAGAGAUCUCAGAUGUUUGAGCCUCCACUAGUCAGAGACAGGCUAAAACAAGAAAUCAAAUUCUUUGUUGACAGCUUGAGGGAAAAAGCACAGAAAAAUGGAAGGGAUCCGUCUUUGGUCCUGUCAAGACAUAAUACAGAGGUUAUCGAGUAUGCACUAGACAAAAAAAGGCCAGGUAGUGCAGAGACCUCUUCCCGCCCUUCAACGGCCAGAAGUUCACGUGACGGCAGGGAAACCCCACUCACUAGACUCACACCAACAAGUGACAGAGCUUCCACGCUGAGUGACGAUGUGGAGUCUAUGAAUGAUAAGCUGAAUGUACUGAAACUGGAUGAUGUUGUUCUUCAUUUAAGAGAAACCAUGGAAGAGGAAGUUAACCAAUUGCUCAGAGAUAUAGCCUUCCUUCAGGAGUGCCUUCAAGGAGAGGUGGACUACAGAGAUGAGGCUCAGGCUGAGGAGCCUUCAAUCACAGAACUUCAGAAAGAAAGAGGUCAUCUAGAGCAGGAGCUGUUAUCAGAUGUGGUUCCUAAAGCAAGUGGACCAGGGCUGGUCAAGUCAGGGUUGUUUAAGCCUACAGUGGGGACAAGGCGGGUCCCAGAGCCCCUAAAGCCAUUACCAGCCAGUCCUAGCUCACCUAAAAGACAGCCUGGUCCCAUGAAGGCCUCCCAUGACAUUCCACUGACCACCACCAGCACCGAGUCCAGACCUGGGUCAGACCAGGGGGUCAGGAAGACCCGGCUGACCAGAAUGGACAGUGCAGGGUCUGCUAACAGUGAUUCUUACCUAGAGGUAGCCUCCAAUGGUGCAAGGGGUGAGGGACAAAGAAGACAUUCAGGGGAGGUUGAUACCUCUGCGUUUAGGACUAAACACAGACUUAUCAGAAUUGGCUCCCUGCCAGCAAGCCCUCAGAGUUCUCCGUCCCCAAUCUUGACUCCAUCUCCACCAACCUCAGCCAAUCCUAGUCAUAGGCGGCCUGCCUCUGUGAGACUUAGGAAGUUGGUGGUUGAUGGGACAGAUAAGACAUAAGAUCUUCUUUUCUUGCUUCUGGUUGUUUUUAUUAUUCUUUAAAACAGUUGUAGAAGGAAAAUAAGUUGACUUGAAAAGUGUGGAUGUGUAAUUAAAAAGAAAAAACCUCUGAAGAACUGGUUCAUUACUAUCAACUUGAAACAAGUCUUAAGGGCAA